AAUGAACCGCCCACCCCCAAGCUGCCUGUGUUGCUUCAAAAUUGAAAUAAUUGUCCUCUUGCAGACGGAGGAAGAAACAAUUCUCUUCUGGUUCUGGUGCUUCUUGCAACCGGCACUACUAAAACCCUCCAAAUUCGUUCCUUUACAGUCGCCUGUUCAGGUGAAUUCAUGGCUACCGAUGAGGAGUCCAUUGAGCAAGCAGUUGCAGCUCGGCGAGAGAAACUAAGGGUUCUGAAAGCUGCACAGGAACUGUUAAACACUCCAGAUGAUGAUUCCGCUCAACGUGAUGACAAUGGAACAACUGACGCCGAAAAUCUCAGCAUGAAAUUUCGAGAUUAUGUCCCUCAGGAUAAGCAACUUCAGGAAGGCAAACUUGCUCCUCCAGUGCUACCAAAGUUUGAAUUCCCCAUUACAGAAGCACCCCCACCACCAGAAAAGAAAGAGUUGCAACAUUAGCUUCAUUACCAUUUUUGCUUGAGCACGUUGAAUUUCCUCCCCCUAUUUCUAUCCUGUUUGAUUGCAUUUUAAUUUGCAUUGCACUUAAUAUUGUAUCUGUGUCCAGGAUCCAUUUCUUAACAUUGCUCCAAAAAAACCCAACUGGGAUCUGUGAAGAGAUUUGCAGAAAAAGCUUGAUAAGCUAGAAAGGUGCACCCAAAAAGCUAUGUACAAACUUAUGGGUAAGCAAUUGUUGUCUCUGUGAUAGACACAUUUACAUGUAUGUUCUCCAGGACAACUUGUGUUAUCCACCUCUCUACAUUAUAGGCUAGGAUAUAAGUUUGAGUAGGCAAUCAAUCAGAAUAUCAGAUUCGGGCAACAAGAACAAGUAUUAGAAAUCCUGUAGGAAAGAAAUGUUAAUGCACAUACAUCAACCAUGAACCGUACAAUUACAAAACUUUUUUAUUAGAAUAGGGGUAAUAUUGUUAGAUUUGUGGUCAGAUUUGAUGCACUUGAAUCGUCAUUAGACUUCUGAACAGCCAAACCAUAAAACCUGAACCAGAAUUGAGUCCAUAGUUCCUUAAAUGGUAGGGAUAUUAUUGUAACUACGAACUUGAACAAUGAUAAGGUUUCCUCUUUUGCGUGGUAAAUCUGUCUAAUCUUACAGACUUACAUUUUAUAUUCCCAUCUCCUUACCUUCCAAAAGUUACCUUGUAUUGUCCAGAGUUGAUCAAUUCCCUGGAGCCCACCCGUAGUCAUCAUGUCUAGUAAGCAUUUUAUUGUAAUUUAUAAACAAUCAUCACAAAUGCAUUUUCAAUUAUUUCCAGAUGUUACAUACAGAAAUAGUAAUGUCAUUUAGCCUUUUAGGUCUCAGGCCAACAGGCAUCAUCUUCCUUCUACUCACAUUUCUGUUUAUCUUUUUAAUGGGUUUUAAGUUGCCAAAAAUGUCUGUUAGAAUUGGCACAAAUUUGUAUGAUUACCAUCAAAAGUGUUGUUUCAAAUGAAAUAUUUUAACUGCU